AAAGAAUUCUCUUUUAAAUGGAAGCCCAGCCACCAAAAUUGUGACUGCUCCCAACUCAUAUCCCUCAAAUACUCAGCAAGACAAUAUCGUACUUUGUUUUCUCCAUUUUUUUUGGGAUAAGAAAAUUAGAGAAAGACAGUAAUGUCAGGAGGUAUAGCCCGUGGCCGUCUUGCAGAGGAGCGCAAAGCUUGGCGCAAAAAUCACCCCCAUGGGUUUGUAGCUAAGCCAGAGACACUUUCGGAUGGGUCAGUGAACUUGAUGGUGUGGCACUGCUCCAUUCCUGGUAAAACAGGAACGGAUUGGGAAGGCGGUUUUUAUCCGGUUACAAUACACUUCAGUGAAGAUUAUCCUAGCAAACCACCUAAGUGCAAAUUCCCACAAGGCUUCUUCCAUCCGAAUGUGUAUCCAUCAGGAACAGUUUGCUUGUCGAUCCUCAACGAAGAUAGCGGGUGGAGACCAGCCAUUACAGUGAAACAGAUACUGGUUGGUAUCCAAGACUUGUUAGAUCAGCCAAACCCUGCUGAUCCUGCCCAAACUGAAGGGUAUCAUCUCUUUAUUCAGGAUGCUAUUGAGUACAAGAAGCGGGUUAGGCUGCAGGCCAAGCAGUAUCCACCUCUGGUGUAGUCUAAAUAAUGUUCGUAUGCGUAUCGUGGUUCUAAUGCAACUUCAAACUAUGGUAUUCAUAGCCUGCUGAUAGGUGACAAUCUUCUGGCAAAUGAUGCUGACUUGGUUUUUGUUGCAGUGGCAAAGUAAAACAUUAUAGUUGGAAAUUAUACCUGAUUCUGCUUCUCAUUGUUCUCAAUCAUCAUGUGUAUAACAAGCGGAAGCUAGAGUUGUUUCGGACAGUGGAAACAUGUCGACAUUGUUAUUUUCGUUCCUGAAAUAAGAGUUCAUUUACUAUAUCUAAUUUCUUCCGCAUUAUACACUGUGCUUUUGGUCGCAAGUCAGUUCCCUUUUCUUUUGA